GUAGAAGGAACGUUUAGAGGCUUAGUGGGGAAAUGGGGCUCAGGAAGAAGACGGGAGGAGCUCAGAGUAGAAGAGAGGUGCGGUUUGGCUGGAGUGUGCCUUAGAGAAUGUGGGUAGGCAUAGUGAGGAGGUCGGAUUUGGUGCGUAAUUUGGAGCGUUUUAUUGAAAAUAUCGGGUCUUCUGUUGAAGGUGGAAAAGGCUUGGAGGGGAGGGGUAUAAAAAAGGGCCGAGAAGGUGACAGGAGUUGAAUGUAGGGGGGUCUAGGAAAGGAUGGGGCUUACUUAAAGGAAAAAUUGGAUGGAGUUUUGGAGGAGAGUCUUAGUGGAGGAGAGAAGGGCUUAGAGAAGUCCAAUAACUUAGAAAGCAUGGUGGGACUUAAAGAGGAAACUAGGAGGAACUUGAAUGAUAAUCGUAAUGUCUUUGUUGUGCACCGGCUUAAGUAAGCACAUAGCACACAUUGCCACAAUUUUACUUAAUCCCAACCCCACUCCACGAGAGAGAGCCCCCACCCAGCGCUGCAUUUCCUGCCGCAAUGGAUGACGCCCCGCUGCCAGCUCCCCUGGUCCCAGCCCCGGCCCCGGCCCCAACCACAGCACCGGCACCGCCCGCGGCUGCCCCCCGGGUCCCAUUUCACUGCAGUGAAUGUGGCAAGAGCUUCCGCUACCGCUCAGACCUGCGGCGCCACUUCGCCCGGCACACAGCGCUCAAACCCCACGCGUGUCCACGUUGUGGCAAGGGCUUCAAGCACAGCUUCAACCUGGCCAACCACCUGCGCUCACACACCGGGGAGCGGCCCUACCGCUGCUCUGCCUGCCCCAAGGGGUUCCGUGACUCCACUGGCCUGCUGCACCACCAGGUUGUCCACACUGGUGAGAAGCCCUACUGUUGUCUGGUCUGUGAGCUCCGCUUCUCCUCACGCUCCAGUCUGGGCCGCCACCUCAAGCGCCAGCACCGCGGGGUGCUCCCAUCUCCACUGCAGCCCGGCCCGGGCCUGCCCACCUUGAGCGGGCCAUGCUCCGUCUGCUGCAACGUAGGGCCCUGCUCAGUGUGCGGGGGUACAGGGGCUGGCAGUGGAGAGGGCCCAGAGGGUGCAGGCGCAGGCCCAGGCAGCUGGGGGCUGGCAGAGGCGGCAGCUGCAGCCGCGGCCUCGUUGCCCCCAUUUGCUUGUGGAGCCUGCGCACGGCGCUUUGAUCAUGGCCGGGAGCUGGCGGCCCACUGGGCCGCGCACACUGACGUGAAGCCUUUCAAGUGCCCGCGCUGUGAGCGUGACUUCAACGCGCCUGCGCUGCUGGAGCGGCACAAGCUGACACAUGACCUGCAAGGGGCGGGUGCGCCCCCAGCGCAGGCCUGGGCCUCGGGGGCAGGCGUUGGUCCGGAGAUAGUCAGUGAGAGUGGCACUGCAGAGGGGGUUGAUGCUCCACCGGCUUGGGACGGUGGGCUGCUCCUGGGCCCUUCAGGGGGCAGCGUGCCUGAGCUAGGGGGGCUGCUCCCUGAGGGCGGCGGGGAGGCCCCAGCACCUGCAGCAGCAGCUGAGCCAUCGGAAGACACCCUGUACCAGUGCGACUGCGGGACCUUCUUCGCCUCAGCCGCUGCCCUGGCCAGCCACCUGGAGGCGCACUCGGGCCCAGCAACCUAUGGCUGCGGCCACUGCGGAGCGCUGUACGCAGCACUGGGGGCCCUAGAGGAGCACCGUAGGGUCAGCCACGGUGAGGGUGGCGAAGAGGAGGCAACGGCGGCCCCGGAGGGAGAGCCAGCAUCUGGGGAGCCCGCGUCUGGCUCGGGCCGCAGCAAGAAGAUUUUCGGCUGUUCCGAAUGCGAGAAGCUGUUCCGCUCACCACGGGACCUGGAGCGGCACGUGCUGGUGCACACAGGUGAGAAGCCGUUCCCGUGCCUCGAGUGCGGCAAGUUCUUCCGGCACGAGUGCUACCUCAAGCGCCACCGGCUGCUGCAUGGCACUGAGCGCCCCUUCCCCUGUCACAUCUGCGGCAAGGGCUUCAUCACGCUCAGCAACCUCUCGAGGCACCUGAAGCUGCAUCGGGGCAUGGACUGACACAACCAGGCCAAGCCCCAACCUAAACCCAACCACCUGGACUCAGGGCCCGGGCCAGGGGACCUCAGGACUGUGAGUGAGGCCCCGGCCUUCCAGUCCACACAAAGGCCCUGAGAUGAGGAGACCCUGACUGGAGAGAGGGGGGCCACCAAAAACCCAUACAGGCCUCUGAGCUGGAGGACCACAGAUAAACGGAGAGACUCUUCAGCAAAGGGGUCCAAGAACAUAUUAGUUGUGGGCCCCUAAAUCUACGGAGACACACCGGAACUUGGGACUCCUGGAAUACAUGUGGGCACCUCCAAAUCAACAGGCCACUAAGAUGUGGGGACCUAGGAAUGAGAAAUGGGCCUCCACAGGUACCUGUCAUCUUGAGGGCCCUAAUAAUAAAAGAUGGGCAUGUACACACCCCCAAGGGAAGACUGCCCCACUCCCAGAGAGCAGUCAUUCCCAACGACCUUGAUCUGGAGAAUGGGGGGAGCCAUGACCCCCAAUUUUCCUGGAUCCCCUCCAAAUGCUACCCACCAGAAUCACUGGUGCUCCCAGAAAAUGGAUAUAGCCAAAAUCUGCCUUUCCCCCAUUUCAUUCCCUAUGCUGAAAGAGGACCAGGUUAGAUGCCCCCUGCACUCAACUCCCCGGACCCUCUAAUUAGGUUUCCCUCACCUACUGCAGAAUGGAUCCACCCUAAUGAUCUUCUCCCACCCCCAAACACUAGAAUAGACUGGUCCAAAAUCCCCUUGCCCAGUAGGAUGGACUGAUCCAUAUGCUCACACACCCCUGUCCACUUGGAACAGGCUGGUCCAGGUUGCGCUUCACCCUCCUUAGAGUGAAUAGGGCAGACACUCCUUUUCCUGUAGAGUGUGGACCAGUCUACGUCAUUCCUCAUCCUGUGAACUCGUCUGAGUGGGAGGUGGUGGACAUUGGGAUUUCCCUCCCCCUCUACUGUAGUACCUGUCAGUCUUUCCAUCUCUGUUGGUUUGUCUGUCUCUGUGUUCCAACCCCGGGAGGAAGGGGGAACUUGGCUAGGGGGUUGCCCCCUGUGAUCCUCAACCUCACCCUCUCGUUCCACUCCCAAUGUCUCCAGGACCCCAAUAAACCUUGUCCUGUCAGUUCA